CAGCGGGAGGCGGAGCGAGUCCAAAAUGGCGGCUCUCAGGCUGGCGCGCUCCGUGCUGCUGAGGCUUUGAGGUGGUCGCCAGUGGUCGGGGGGACGAUUUCCCCGCCGCAGGGGCCCUAGAGAAUGAAUCGGGGACUCUGUUAAGGUUAGGCGGUGGGGGUGGAGAGAAGUGGCAGCAAGGGCUGCGGUGGAAUCCACGGAGCGGGAUGUGCGAGAGUUACUCCAGGUCGUUGUUGAGGGUCUCGGUGGCGCAGAUCUGCCAGGCGCUGGGCUGGGAUUCGGUGCAACUCAGCGCCUGCCACCUCCUCACGGACGUGCUGCAGCGUUAUCUGCAGCAGUUGGGACGGGGCUGCCAUCGGUACUCUGAGCUCUAUGGCCGAACAGACCCAAUUUUGGAUGAUGUUAGUGAAGCUUUCCAGCUUAUGGGGGUUAGUCUACAUGAACUAGAAGACUAUAUACACAACAUUGAACCUGUCACUUUCCCACAUCAAAUUCCUUCAUUUCCUGUUAGCAAGAACAAUGUACUUCAGUUUCCUCAACCUGGCAGUAAAGAUGCAGAGGAAAGAAAAGAAUACAUUCCUGAUUACAUGCCACCCAUUGUGUCUUCUCAAGAAGAGGAAGAAGAGGAGCAGGUGCCCACUGAUGGAGGUACAUCAGCAGAAGCCAUGCAGGUUCCCUUGGAAGAAGAUGAUGAAUUGGAGGAGGAGGAAAUUAUUAAUGAUGAGAAUUUCUUGGGUAAGAGACCUUUGGAUAGUCCUGAAGCUGAAGAAAUGCCUGCAAUGAAGCGACCAAGACUGUUAAGCACUAAAGGGGACGCCCUGGACUUAGUAUUAUCGGAAGCUCGAGAACCGCUCAGCUCAAUAAAUACCCAAAAGAUUCCCCCAAUGCUUUCUCCAGUGCAUGUACAGGACAAUGCAGACCUAGCACCUCCAUCGCCAGAACCACCAAUGUUAGCUCCAGUUGCAAAAUCACAAAUGCCAACUGCAAAACCAUUAGAUGUAAAAUCAUGUACACCUAAAACAAAGACUAAAACUAGUUCUCCAGGACAGAAGACUAAAUCACCUAAAACUACUCAGUCACCAGCAAUGGUCGGAAGUCCUAUUCGGUCACCAAAAACUAUAUCCAAAGAAAAGAAAUCACCUGGACGUUCUAAGAGCCCCAAAAGUCCCAAGAGCCCCAAGGUUAUAUCUCAUAUACCCCAAGUACCCAUCAGGCCUGAAACACCAAACAGGACUCCUUCAACUACAAUAAGUGAAAAAAUUAGUAAAGAGACUAUUCAGGUUAAACAAAUACAAACUCCCCCCGAUGUUGGCAAACUAAACAGUGAAAACCAGCUGAAAAAGGCUGUUGUGACUGAUAAGACGAUUGACGACUCUAUAGAUGCUGUGAUUGCACGUGCUUGUGCUGAAAGAGAGCCAGAUCCUUUUGAAUUUUCUUCUGGAUCAGAAUCUGAAGGAGACAUUUUUACCAGCCCCAAGAGAAUUUCAGGUUCAGAAUGUACUACUACAAAAGCCUCCACUUCUUCCAACAAUUUCCCUAAGUCAGGAUCCACUCCUCUGCCUCUUUCAGGUGGCACUUCAAGUUCUGACAAUUCAUGGACAAUGGAUGCCUCCAUUGACGAGGUUGUACGUAAAGCAAAAAUGGGUGCCCCUUCAAAUAUGCCUCCCAACUUCCCGUAUCUCUCUUCUCCUUCAGUUUCUCCUCCCACUCCUGAACCUCUCCCCAAGGUGUACGAGGAGAAAAACAAACUGCCUUCAUCAGUGGAAGUCAAAAAGAAGUUGAAAAAGGAAUUGAAGACCAAAAUGAAAAAGAAAGAAAAGCAGAGAGAUAAGGAGAGGGAAAGAGACAAAAGUAAGGAAAAAAGUAAAGAGAAGGAUAAAUUGAAAGAAAAAGAGAAAGAAAAGGAAACCAGCAAGGAAAGCAAGUAUCCAUGGAAGGAAAGUCUUAAAGAUGAAGAAUCAGAUCCCUAUAAGUUUAAAAUAAAAGAAUUUGAAGAUGUUGAUGCAAAAGUGAGAUUGAAAGAUGGAAUUGUGAGAAAGGAGAAAGAGAAACAUAAAGAUAAGAAGAAAGAUAGAGAAAAAGGCAAAAAAGAUAAAGAUAAGAGAGAAAAAGAAAAAGUGAAAGAUAGAGGUAGAGAAGAAAAGAUUAAAGUCCCACCAUCCCCACUGGUUUUGCCUCCAAAGGAAAUGGCCUUGCCCUUGUUUACUCCUGCUGCAGCCAUGAGAGUCCCAUCCAUGUUACCUUCUCUGUCACCAAUGCUUCCUGAAAAAUUAUUUGAAGAAAAGGAGAAACCUAAGGAGAAAGAAAGGAAAAGGGACAAAAAGGAAAAGAAGAAAAAGAAAGAGAAGGAAAAGGAGAAAGAAAAGAAAGAGAAGGAAAGGGAAAAAGAGAAAAGAGAAAGAGAGAAGAGAGAAAAAGAAAAGGAGAAACACAAGCAUGAAAAAAUAAAAGUGGAGCCAGUUGUUCCAGCCCCCAGUCCUGUUAUCCCCAGAUUGACUCUCAGAGUUGGCGCUGGCCAAGACAAGAUUGUUAUCAGCAAAGUGGUUCCAGCUCCCGAGGCUAAGCCAGCUCCUUCUCUGAACAGACCCAAGACCCCACCGCCCCCACCGGCCCCUGCUCCUGUACCUGUGCACGUGACUCCUGCCCCCGUGCCUUUGCCACUCCUUGCACAGUCCACCACAUCCCCUGCUUUAAUGACAUCUCCGUCCCCUGCCUUCUCUGGAGCUGGAAGUUCCAAAGCCCCGGUCCGGAGUGUGGUGACAGAGACUGUCAGCACUUACGUGAUCAGAGAUGAGUGGGGCAACCAGAUCUGGAUCUGUCCUGGGUGUAACAAGCCUGACGACGGGAGUCCCAUGAUCGGCUGUGAUGACUGUGACGACUGGUACCACUGGCCCUGUGUUGGAAUAAUGGCUGCACCACCAGAAGAAAUGCAGUGGUUCUGCCCUAAGUGUGCCAACAAGAAGAAGGACAAAAAGCACAAAAAGAGAAAGCACCGGGCACACUGACCCUCCCUGCAGUGUGGACAGCGCAGCAUCGCUGCAGGGCUUCCCUGGCGUCUUGAAGGGGCGGUGGUGCUUCUGCCCUCCCAUCACCAGAUUCCUCUGGAGAAUGACUCCUGGAAGACUGAGGACAAGAACGCACCGUCUACUCUGGCUUUUUCCCUUUUGAAACAGACUGGCCUGUGGCUCCAUGUAGUGAGAUUGAAGAAAAACUCAAGCUGGAGUGUGGCUAAAGGACUGCCACGGCUCCAUUUUUCUAUUACCAGUGACAAGUAUUAUUAAUAAAAAGACCAUAAUCUUCCCUUUUGAUUUUCUUUACUCUCUCCAGGGCCUUUGCAUUAAGAUACUAGAUGAGAAGAUAAUGUGUAAACUGCCUUGACUGUAAUUUAAGGAUGAUAUCAUUAGUCUGUAUACAGUUUUCAACCUCGUUCCCUCUAUAGUAAGAUAAUCAUAAUAACAUAAAAGAAAACUCCAGUUGGAGUGUUGGUAAAUAUUUUUGUGAUGAAAAUAUAUGAAACCUCCUCUCCCCCUGCCCCCGUUUUUAGUACUAACAUGUACAAUGUUCAGGCUUUUGUGAAAUACCUUAUAUUUUUUAAGAAAAAGGUUUCUAUCAUGUCCUGUUUGCUUUUGUGCAGAUUAUUUUUGUUGACUUUAACAUACUUUCUAUCUUUGUUGCAUUCUAACUUUGCCCUUCUUUAACUGCUGGAGUUCUUACUGCUCAUACAUUUCAGCUAUUGAUACUUGUAUAAAAAUUCUCCAGACUAGAAGAUCUCCCCUAAAUGUAAAUAAUAAAUAUUUAUGAAGUAGCUAUUUUUAAAAUUUUUUAUCGUGUUUAAUUCUGGCUUUCUCUGAAAUCCACUGUGAUUUCAGCCAUGUCUGUAAUUACUGCUGUACAUAGCAAGAAGGCUGGAAAAAAGAGCCAUAGUUCAAAGUAAUUUACCUUGAGCUGAACCUGCACAGUGUCCAAAACACUGUCGGGUAAAAGAGGACCCUGGCAGUUAGAAGGAAAACAAGGCAAUUUAAAUCUAUAGUUUAUGAUUUAAAAUUGUUUUGUUAUCUGUUUUGUUUUCUGUACAUUUCUUGGACUUAACGUUAAUUACAAGGACAUGUAGAUUCCCGGAAAGUAAAAAAACAAAAACAAAAACAUACUGUAGCAUUUUGUGUUUAUAUUGUUUUAUUUCUGCAAAUCUGUUGUUCAUUGAUAUUGUGGCUGAAAUGAAGUAUAUUAUGAAUUUUUUUAAGAAAACAUCAAAUUUCAGGGUAUCACAAAACUUUAUUAUAUUACUAUACUGCCCACUAUUUAUUAUAUGUUAUAGAUGUCUGAGAGAUAAACCAAAUAUUUUAUUUUUAAUGUAAAACAUCAAAUUUAAUUUUAUUAGCAUAUUUUAGCAACUUUGGAAUAAAUAUGGACUUUUACUUGAUUUUGAAAUAAUCCCAGUUUGGGCCAGUGUAAUGCAUUAUCUUGAAUGCUAGAAUAUGGGCUUUGGAUCUAAUACAAAUAUAUUAAUAGAAAUUGUGAUUUUUUUAAUGCCAAGUAAAUUAAUAUUAGUGUAUGAAUUAGUCAUAUUUUAAAAAAUAAUAUUAUGUGAUUAGAGAAAUGAAGUUUUCUGCCAUGAAUGUUAACUUGAAAAUCAGUGGAAAUGGAGUAGACCUUUUAAGAGUACAGUAUUCAUUGCCCUCCUUGUUCUAGAAGCCAAAAUUUUUCUAUUCCUUCAAAGAAACAAAGCAUCUAUGUUGAGAUAUACAUGGGUUUUUUUUUGUUUUAUUAAUUUGAGAUCAUUCUAAAUUUAUACGAUAUUUUCACAUGCACAAAUAUACCCGGUAGUGCUUUUUGAAGAGGGAUGGCGGGUGGGGGAGUACAAAAUAAAGA